CUGAAAUUCGUGACGGUUCGUGCAAAUACGUUUGGGGAGUAUAAAAGGAAGUUACUUUUUCAUGUACCUUUCUUUCCCUCAAUACCCACUACACGCAAACUCAACAUGAAGGUUAUCAUUCUGCUGACAAGUUUUGCUGCAGCUUUUGCUGAUGGAGCUUGUCCUGAAAAUCAGCAUUAUAGCUCAUGCGGAACUGCCUGUCCCUUGACCUGUGAGAACUACCGAGAUCCUCCAACAGCAUGCAUUUUAAGAUGCAAUGCGGGAUGCCAUUGUAACGAAGGAUAUGUCAAGACUGAUGAUGGUCACUGUGUGAUGCCAGAAAACUGCUUGUUUCAGGAUAAUUACGUAAGAACGCAGCAUCCUGUUUCUGACAUUUGCAACUUAACUGCCGACGCGGGUGACUGCCGCGCCUCAGUUCUUAGAUACUACUUCGACAAGUCUACCGGACAGUGCCAGGCAUUUGUAUAUGGAGGCUGCAACGGAAAUGCAAACAAUUUCCGGUCAGAAAACGAAUGUGAACAAACUUGCUUUAGAACAGCAGCUGAACCAUCAAAAGUAGACUGCAGCGCCUCGGCCGACAGUGGACAUUGUUAUGCCUCCUUGAUAAGAUACUUCUACGAUCAAAAUGAGGGAACUUGCAAAAAUUUUACAUAUGGAGGAUGUGGUGGUAAUUCCAAUAAUUUCUACACGGAAGAGGAAUGCAGAGAAAACUGCGAAGCUACUUCUGUUUGUGAGCAAGCGAAAAUGGCUGGAACAUGCACAGGUGCAUUUCGUCGUUACUAUUUCAACAAGUUGUCUGGACAGUGUGAACUGUUCGUCUACGGUGGAUGCGGAGGAAAUGGGAACAAUUUCUUAACCAAAGAACACUGCGAAUCUUUAUGUGUGGAUAUCUCUGUCUGUGAGCAAGAGAAAGUUAUUGGUCCAUGUCGAGCUGCAUUCCAGAGAUUCUUUUUCAAUAAAGAGACCAGAACAUGUAAGCCGUUCAUCUAUGGGGGCUGCCGAGGGAAUGGCAACAACUUUUUGACUCAAAACGACUGCGAAUCUGCUUGUGUUGCUCCUUCUGUUUGUGAGCAAGAGAAAAAAGUAGGACCGUGUAAAGGCAACUUCCGUCGUUUCUAUUUCAACCGACUGACCAGACAGUGUGAAUCAUUCUUCUACGGAGGUUGUAGAGGAAAUGGCAAUAACUUCUUAUCCAAGGCUCAAUGCGAAUCUUCAUGUAGUGUUUGUCCAGAAAAUCAACAUUACGAUUCAUGCGGAAGUGCGUGUCCUUUGACUUGCAAGAAUUAUAGGAACCCACCUACGCAUUGCAUUUUCAUGUGCAGUCCUGGUUGCCACUGCGAUGCCGGACACGUCAGAGACGAUGAUGAAAGAUGCGUAAGACCCGAAAACUGCUCAAACCAAAUCAAUUGAAAAAAAUAUCCCCUGAAAAUUUAUGAGAUUUUAAGUUUCUACGAACUUUAAAAAUGCUCACACAUGGCAAAGUGUAAGAAAUGAAUGGUAAAGCAAGUUUACAGAUGAGGGAAUUUAAAAUAUACUGCGGUUCUAUUCUGUUUUAUUAAAUUCUUGUUUUAUAGAGACAGUAUUUGUGGCAGGAAAACAAAAUUCUACAAGGUCCAAGCAGUGAGACCUGGUUCUACACGCUAUUUAGUUUUUGAUGCUUUAAUCUCUUCUGAAGCACCAAAAUGGCAGUGGAUGUGUAUUAUUUGGCAGUGGAUAUGGCAAAAUGUCAGUGGAUAUGUGAAUAUAAUUAGUGAAAUCGUUUCUAAACCUGAUUUAAUUCAAAUUUCUUCUACCGAUACUCUCAUGUUCCAUAUAAAGGACUGAAAUAUUUUUUUAAAUAAAGAAGCAUUUAUUAUUCUGUUAA